GGCGCGGUGCACCACGGGCGUGCACCGCCGGCCGGCAUGGAGGAGGGCGGCGGUUCCGAGCCCACCCCGGGCUGCAGCGGUCUGGGGCCGGACGGCGCUCGCGGCGGCGGCCGCCGCGCCCCAUCAUGGGCCCCCAAGGACGCCUGGAUGGGCACCCACCCAAAGUACUUAGAAAUGAUGGAAUUAGAUGUAGGAGAUGCCACCCAAGUUUAUAUAGCAUUCUUGGUUUACCUGGACCUCAUGGAGAGUAAAAGUUGGCAUGAAGUUAACUGCGUGGGAUUACCGGAGCUCCAGCUCAUCUGCCUCGUUGGUACUGAAAUAGAAGGAGAAGGGUUACAGACUGUGGUCCCUACACCCGUCACUGCUUCCCUCAGCCAUAACAGGAUAAGGGAGAUCUUGAAGGCAUCUCGAAAAUUGCAAGGAGACCCAGAUUUGCCGAUGUCUUUUACUUUGGCCAUAGUGGAGUCCGAUUCCACAAUAGUCUAUUAUAAACUCACUGACGGAUUUAUGCUGCCAGACCCUCAGAAUAUUUCCCUUAGAAGAUGACACCUACACUUCCUGAGGCUUUCUUUAUUCAUACAAGAAUGGAUUUCAGACCCAUCAACUGCUUAACCUCUUAUCUCAGAGAUAGUCAGGGUUGGCUUAGCUGGUCCCAUUCCAUAAGUUUCUUUCUAAAGAAUAAACCUUCCCCAGGUAGAAUUGUGUUGUUGUUGUUCAAAAAUAUAUGGUAGUCGCUCUAGAACUUUCUUAUCUAGAGACAGUCUCAUAGUGGACCAUUACAGGAGAAAUAGUAGGGGACAGUAUCAGCCUUAAAAACUUCUUUAUGACGUAGACCCAGUUAUUCCACUUUUGUUAUCAUAUAUUCCACUUAAGUUGCCUAAAGUACAAAAUAUCGUAUGCCCAAAGAUGUUCUAAAUGGCAUUACUUGGAAUAGCCCGAAUUAUAAAUCUCUUAAAAGUUUAAGGGAGGGGUCAAGAAACUUUUCCUACAUAGUCAGUGCCACAAAGUAAACAUGUUAGGAUUUGCAGACCAUAUAGUCUCUAUCACAGCUUCUCAACUCUGCAGUUUGUGGCACAAAAAUAAUGACAGACAAUAAGUAAACAAAUGGACACAGCUGUGUUCCAAUAAAACUUUAUUUACAAAUGCAUGCCCAUAGUUUGCCAAUCCUUGGUUUAGAGAAAUAGUCAAUUAACACACACACACACACACACACACACACACACACACACAGUGCCAAUGAAUGGUACAUUAUAUACUCAUUAAAAAUUAGUAAUGAAUAUAAUAAACAUGAGAAAAUAUUUUAAAAAAUAAGACGAGAUACAAAAUUGUCCAAAUGGGUAUGAUCACGCCUGUAAGUAGCACGCCAAGCAUGUAAUAAAAAGAUGACAAAAUACUACUCUGGUUAUAACAGGAUGACAGGGUAGUAAAGGAUGACUUGGUCUUCAGUAUUCAGUUUUUCAUUAUUUAUAUUGCUUUUAUAAUAAAAAUGUUUUUAAAAAGUGGCUUGAAA